CGUUACAUAAUUCAAAGUUCGACCUUUGGUUCAGGUUCAUAGCCUCAACAAUAGCGCGCAACUAUCUGUCGUAAAAGUGAGACUCCAAAUAUUAUCAUCACAUACGUGUCAGCUUCGAUUCUUUAGUUACCAAUUACCGUUCGAACUCCGAGCUCCUAUCUAACCGCCCACUUCGCAUCCUAAACAUGAUGAUCAUCUGAACGAGGACCCUCCCUAAUUCUCAUACCUCCACCACUUUCCACCAUGGCCGUGACAGCCCAAUUCCUCACGGGAGUCCGCGAUAUUCUCAAGAGUCUCAAUGGAGAAGCGCUGCGCGAUUGGCUGAAGGUAGAGCCACCUUUACCACAAGAAUACUACAACCUUGCAUCUGAGCUCAAGAGUACCUAUAAAGACGACAAUGCGCUCGAAAAGCUAGUCGAGCAAUGCCUACCAGAAGAAGAUGACGUUCCAGAAGGCCAGGGAACGACAUGGCCCGGAUUCCUCUCUUUUAUAAAAGACUAUCUUAUCUACUGGAGGGACGUGGAAUUUGACGACCUUCUGGGUGCUCAUCAAUUGCUCACGGCAUUGACCAAUUCAUGCGCCACGGCGCUUAACAAUCCCACGUAUGGAACAAUAAUGUUGCAGUCGAGCAUAUCACUUUGCGCCUCUCUAUCGACCUUGUCGAUGACCCUCAAUAAACGACCUGAUCUCACUAGGAAGCUGGCAGCUAUCCACGCUGGUGACGAGGAACGGAAGUCGGUUAUCGAGAUCACAGCGGAGAUCAUGCAAAAGUUUUUUACGACGUGUCUCACGGACCGGUCGAGUCCGCGCUUCGCACAACCUACAGGCAAGAAAGUCGGCAUUUACGUCUUCGCCAACAAGACUUUAAAGCUAUUAACCAUGAAUAGCAAGUCUUACCUGGCGGCGCAGCUGUUGACUAACAUUAUGGCAAAAUCACCGCCACUUUCGUACUAUCCAGCCGCUCAAAGAGUGACAUUUUUGUAUUUCCUUGGCCGCUUCCACUUCAACCACAAUCACUUUUGGCGGGCUGCGCAAUGCUUACAGGAGGCUUAUUCACAAACGCCAGCACGCUUCCUAAAGCAUCGCCGAAUCAUACUCACAUACUUAAUACCGGCAAAUUUCGUACUAGGCCGCCUACCCUCACAGGCUCUUCUCCAGCGGCCAGAAGCGCAGUCCAUGGCUCAGUGUUACUCUCAGUUUUCGUUAGCAAUCCGAAAAGGCGACUAUAUACUCUUCCAACACACUAUCAAACAGCAUGAAAGCUGGUUGAGGAGUAAAGGCUUUCCUUUAUAUACCACACUCCAAUGGCGUAUUCGGCCGCUGCUCUGGCGAUCGCUCUCGCGGCGAACCUUCCUGCUGACGUACACGCCUCCCGCUGAAGGCGAUUCGCGCAAAGCAGCUGUAUUAAAACUUGCGGAUUUUAAUACUACAAUGAAUUACGUCCAGAAACGGCUCGAGGGAUAUCUCCCCGCAAAACUGGCUCCGAAGGGGCGCCAGUCUAGCGUCAACAGCUACCUCCUGAAGGCUGUCUCCAACAGUGCGGGGACUGGUACGGGGAACUCUACCAUCGCGCCGCCUCCCGGUGGACCUAAGCAUCUAGCGCCAGAUGAGGGCCUGUUAUCCGGCAAUAUGGCUGUGGACGACCUCAUCAUUGAGAAUAUCAUUGCGUCGCUAAUAAGCCAAGACCUUCUACAUGGGUAUAUAGCGCACGCUCAGGGCGCAUUUGCCAUCAUGGGCACCAAGCAGAAGGGUAGUGCGGUGGCAGCCGGCUGGCCCACCGUCAGCGAAGUGAUUGAUCAGCGGUCCGUGGAGUCUGUUGUCCCGGGGUGGGUUAAGGAUGAGUAGAUGGUUUUGUUUCUUCACGCGAGGAAAAAGACCUAAGAUUAGAAGAGGUAUAAAAUAGGGUUGGUUUAGGUCUGUUUCGACCAAGCCAUAGCCAUGCAUAAGGGAGGGUGUCUCCUGGUAUAGCGAAGUUACGAAUGAUACCCAGUAUGAGUUUAUUUUUCUUCGUGGAUAAUGGAAUUGUUUAUAUAACGUCGAGAUUGGAUUAGGUUGUGUCAUGAUACAAUUUACAAAUUUACAAUUUAUGCAAUAUUCCCGG